AGGGAUCAUUUCCCCCACUUAUUUCCUAGCCUCCCAACAAGGAGGCCCCCUAUGCUCAACAGCAGAAAAUAAAUAAAGGGCAUUGGGGUGCAAUGGCCAUUGCAAAGAGUGCUUCCAUUCUUAUUAUUUUGUGCUUUGCAUUGGCCUGCAAUGCGGAUAAUGCUGGAAAACCAGACCCAGUUGCUGGUCCUGACAUGUUCAGCAAUAAAAAUGUGGCUAAGGAUGUGCUCCUUCCCGGGGAGCAAAUAGUUAACGUCCAGGAUUUUGGAGCCAAAGGUGAUGGCAAGUUCGACUGCACCGAGUCUUUCAUGCAAGCAUGGGCAAAGACCUGCCAUCAAUCCUCUGGGCCAGCCAGGCUUUACGUUCCUGAUGGCAGAUUCGUGGUUUCAUCAAUGUAUUUUAAUGGGCCAUGCAAUGCUACAAGUAUAACAAUUCAAGUACAAGGGACUGUUUUGGCUACCACGGAUAUUUCCGAAUAUGAAAACGGCGACUGGCUCUUUUUCCAGAACCACAAUGGCUUGAAAAUUGUUGGCGGGGGCACUUUCGAUGGCCAGGGUAAAGAUUCAUGGCAAUACGCCCAGAAUUGCGAGUCAGCCAAUGACGGUUCAUGCGCCAGGAAUCCAAGCAACCUUUAUUUCAGCGGAAACAGCAACUUGGUUGUACAGAAUAUCAGAUCAGUGAAUCCCAAAGGCUUUCACAUAUUCGUUACAAAAUGUACAAACGUCAGGUUGAGAAAACUUAAGCUGGUUGCACCGGGAACCAGCCCCAAUACUGAUGGCAUUCAUGUCAGCCACUCUGACACUGUGAUAAUGUCCAGAAAUACCAUUGCAACUGGGGAUGACUGUGUCUCUCUGAUACCAGGACUCAGAAACAUUUUCAUCAACAAACUCAAGUGUGGCCCUGGACAUGGUAUCAGUAUCGGUAGCCUUGGGAAGUAUGCAGAUGAGGGAGACGUGAGAGGCGUUCGUAUCAAGAACUGCUCAUUGACUGGCACAACCAAUGGCCUUAGAAUCAAGGCAUGGCCAGAGAGGUAUCCAGGUGCAGCGUCAGAUGUAAGCUUCAGUGACAUUAUCAUGAAAGAUGUCAAAAAUCCUAUCAUCAUUGACCAAGAGUAUGAAUGUUAUCCAGACUGCAAAAAGAAGCCGUCACUUGUAAAGCUCCAAAAUAUUCAUUUCUCAAAUAUAAGGGGAACUACAAUUUCACCACUUGCAGUGGACUUGAGGUGCAGCGGGCUAUUCCCAUGCCAAGGUGUUACAAUUCGAGACAUUGACCUCAAGAUUGGACUCACCCCAACCACCUCAAGAUGUGUCAAUACUCGACCUCUCUUUGGAGGCUUGCUAAUGCCCCCUGCAUGCGCAUAGCUUCCUAUCCAUCCAUCACAUUAAUUUUCUUACCUUACUUAAUUACCAGCUCUGUUGUUGAGAAAAAAAAAAAAAGGUUUUAGAGCUAAUGGGAAUUUAUUAUGCUAGGAGCAUUUUUUUAAUAAAAUGUUUGCACUGUAAACAGGAAUGGGGAAAAUAAUCUUGUUUUUUGAA